GCUGCCGCCGCCGCCGCCGCCGCGCCGCGGCUUGAGGGCGGGAGGCUGGGGAGGGUAGCGGAGCCGGCGCCGCCGCCAUGUUGGGUCUGAGGCGGCUGCUGUAGGCGCCGACGGAGCGAGCGGGCGUGCGGAGCGGCGACAGCGGCGCGGGAUCUGCCUCUCAGCGAGCGGCCCGGAGGGGCGGCGGCGCCGGCGCCAUGAGCGGGGGCACCCCCUACAUCGGCAGCAAGAUCAGCCUUAUCUCCAAGGCGGAGAUCCGCUACGAGGGCAUCCUCUACACCAUCGACACCGAGAACUCCACCGUCGCCCUCGCCAAAGUUCGGUCCUUUGGUACAGAAGACAGACCAACAGAUCGUCCAAUACCACCUCGAGAUGAAGUCUUUGAAUACAUUAUAUUCCGUGGAAGCGAUAUUAAAGAUCUCACUGUUUGUGAGCCACCAAAACCACAAUGUUCUUUGCCUCAGGAUCCAGCCAUUGUUCAGUCUUCACUAGGCUCAUCUACUUCUUCAUUCCAGUCAGUGAGUUCCUAUGGACCUUUUGGCAGGAUGCCGUCAUACAGUCAGUUCAGUCCAAGUUCAUUAGUUGGGCAGCAGUUUGGUGCUGUUGGCGUUGCUGGAAGCUCCUUGACAUCAUUUGGAGCAGAAACAUCAAACAGUGGCCCCCUAUCCCAAAGUAGUGCAGUUGGUUCUGCCUUUACACAAGAUACAAGAUCUCUGAAAACACAACCAUCUCAAGGUCGUUCAAGCCCUCAGUUAGAUCCUUUGAGAAAAAGUCCAACCAUGGAACAAGCAGUACAGACCGCCUCGGCCCACUUACCUGCUCCGGCACCUGUUGGGAGAAGGAGCCCUGUAUCAUCCAGGCCUUUACCAUCUACCAGCCAAAAAGCAAUAGAGAAUCAAGAGCACAGGCGAGCUGAAGUACACAAAGUUUCAAGACCAGAAAAUGAGCAACUCAGAAAUGACAACAAGAGACAAAUAGUUCCGGGUGCUCCUUCAGCUCCGAGGAGAGGGCGUGGAGGUCAUCGAGGCGGCAGGGGAAGAUUUGGUAUUCGACGAGAUGGUCCAAUGAAAUUUGAGAAAGACUUUGACUUUGAAAGUGCGAAUGCACAAUUUAACAAGGAGGAAAUUGACAGGGAGUUUCAUAAUAAACUUAAAUUGAAAGAAGAUAAACUUGAGAAACAGGAGAAGCCUGUAAAUGGUGAAGAUAAAGGAGACUCUGGAGUUGACACCCAAAACAGUGAAGGAAAUGCUGAUGAGGAAGAUCCACUUGGACCUAAUUGCUAUUAUGACAAAACUAAAUCCUUCUUUGAUAAUAUUUCUUGUGAUGAUAAUAGAGAACGAAGACCAACCUGGGCUGAAGAAAGAAGAUUAAAUGCUGAAACAUUUGGAAUCCCACUUCGUCCAAACCGUGGUCGUGGGGGUUACAGAGGCAGAGGAGGGCUUGGUUUCCGUGGUGGCCGAGGACGUGGCGGUGGCAGAGGUGGUGCCUUCACAGCCCCUCGAGGAUUUCGUGGUGGAUUCAGAGGAGGCCGUGGGGGCAGGGAGUUUGCAGAUUUUGAGUAUAGGAAAGACAACAAAGUUGCUGCAUAGUCUACAAACAAGCCUUUGAAAAAUAGGAGAAUUUCUAGCUACUUCGGUCCUGAGAAUUGGUUUUGGUCUUUGCGAAGAAUGAAGAAGUGAAUUUGCUGUAUAUUUGUCACCAGCACUGGGUUUUUUUGUUUGUUUGUUUUUCUGCUUAAUUUCAAAGAUACAAUGCAGUUACUUUUGGGGGAAAAGCUCAUCUUUAAAAUUGAGCAUUAAAUAUAUUUGGAAUAGCAGAAGGUUAAGUAAUUUCUUAUGUAUAGUUAAGCUAAAGCAGUACUUCAAUGGAACUUCUAAGUAUUUUUUCAUCACUGAAAGGAUUUUUCUUAUCACUAAAUUGUAUUUGGCAAUUACUGCAAGUUGCCUGCAGAUUGGGCCGUGAUACUGUGUUUUGAGCCACAGGAGGUUGUGUGUGUGUGUGUGUAUGUGUGUGUGUGUCUAUAUCUUUCUCUUUCUUUUUGGAAAUCCUGUAAUAUCCCCUUUGAGAUAGCUUAUUUCAUCAAUUAAUUAGGGUGCUGGAUGGUAGAGAAUUUUGUCAGUCAACUAUGUACACACAGUAAAUACUGUUUCUUAGGCAAAGGUAACUUUUUUAUAUAGUUGUAAAAUUCCAUUAUAUUCCAUUGCCAAAGAAACAUUAAGGACUUUGUAUAGCUGUAUAAAAAGCAACUAAUUUUUUAAAGAAUAAACAUUUUAAAGUCAGCAAACAUACUGUGUCCUUGCAGAAGUUGGUGUGCUGAGGAGCAAAAUAUGGGUGGGCCUUUUUUCAUAGCUUUCCAAGUGCAAGAUUUUUAAUUUUAAUUUUUUUUUUUUUGAUGUUUAAAACAUAAAGAUUUGGUACAUUCUUCCAUUAUCUAAAAAGAUAAAUUACUCAUAUUCAAUUAUAAGAACGUCAUUUUUUAGCAAAUGGCAUAUCACAGGAUUUGUCCAAAUAAUAGAUAUUUUCAGUAUAUGAAUGUAAAUAAUCAUAGAUAAGAAUGUACUUAGCUGUAUUUUCAAAUAAGUAACUUCCCCUUUUUUAAGACAUCAAAACUAGGUAACAACUAACCUGUUCUCCCUGAUAUGCCUGGAAUUUUGUCGUGAUACCUUGACUCAUUCCAUUAUAUUUCAAGAGAAUUCAGAGCGUUCAAAAUUAUUUUGGCAACUCUUACGAUAUUGUAACACUGGUCCUUGGGGCCUGUGACCCCCCACCCCCCAGAUGACUCAGUAUAGAGUUCAUUGCUAAUUAUAAAUUACUAGUAAAUCUUUUUGAUAUUUUAAGCUAUAGUGGAAAAAAAAAAUCUGGCCACUUUUGUGUUUUUAUGAAGGCCAUGGAAUAAAGGGAUCCAAAGAUUUAAAUAUUUUUAUCUAUUUUGAUUUUUGUUAACUUUCUCCUUAAAAUAUUCAGUAGUGAUGCAGAUAUGGAAGACUGCACUGUAGGGGAAUUGGAAUAUUUAAAGAUGGUUGAUAUUUUUAAUUUUAUAUCUUUUGUAUAGCUCUACAAGGAAAUGUUUUGUAAUUUGGUUUCAUUAUUAAGGUCCAGUACUUGGCAGCCAUAGUUUAGAUAAUAUUGUUUAAUACUGUUUGCUUGCAUGUUAACAACAAAACCUUUUGGAGGACCCACAAAUCAUGAUACUGAACACAUUUCUGAGGCAUUCUGAGCAUUAAAACAAGUGCUAUGGCAAUACCUGUGUAGACUGAGAUGUCCCGGGCCAAUUUCAAGAAGAAAAGCUGUAAAUAGCAGUUCUCUAUGCUCUGAAAGUAUGAAUUCAUGCAUUUUCCCAGGCCCCUGGGUCACUGGGGCAUUUGGUGCCCCAGUAGUAACUGGCAGCAUGGCAUACCUGCAGUGCACCUUACAAUACUAAAGCAAGGUUUUUAUUCUAAGGCAGAAUAAAACUGUUCAAUAAAACUGUUCGUCAAAGUUCUUUCUCUU